AUGUCAAUGAAGGAUAAGGCAAGGGAAUUCCUUCAACAUAGUCCAGUGUUCAAAUCAGGUCGUGACCUACCGCCAAUGCAAUACAAGGAUCUUGUGUUGGAGCAACUGAAAGCCAUUGCCAAGAGUGGCCUGUACGACGCUCAAUACGUGCGUGAUCGUCCAGACAUCACCUUUAUCCUGGCCGAUGUCUUUUCCAGCUUCAACAACAACAUCGUUACCAAGUUUGGCGCUCAAUACGGUCUCUUCUGUGGAUCACUUCUUAUGCUUGGAACCGAGCGUCAUCAACACCUUUUGGAACUCGGAAACAAGAUUAAGGCUGUUGGCAGUUUCUCAAUGACUGAGGUUGGACAUGGCUCCAAUGUCCAAGCUCUCCAAACCACCGCCCGCUACAAGGCUGACACCCAGGAGUUCAUCAUUGACACUCCAACUCCAAUGUCCGAGAAGUAUUGGAUUGGAGGUGCCGGUGUCCACGCUCACUACACCACCAUCUUUGCCAGAUUGAUCGAUGCGCAGUCCAUUGAUCGUGGAGUCCAUGCAUUCGUUGUACAGUUGCGUGACGUCUCCACCAACGCCCCAAUGCCAGGCAUCCAGAUUAAAGAGUGUGGCAUGAAGUUGGGCCUCAAUGGAGUAGACAAUGGCCACAUCAAGGUCACAAAUGUCCGCAUCCCAAGAGUCAACUUGCUAAACAAGUUCAGCGACGUGAAUGAGAAAGGAGAGUACACAUCCAAGUUCCGUGAUCCACUUCAGAACUUUGCCGCUACCCUUGCACCAUUCGUUUCCGGCAGAGUCUUUGUUGCCACGAUUGCAGGAGGCGCCAUGAAGACAUGUCUUGCCAUUGCCAUCAGAUACUCCCACUAUCGCAAGCAGUUUGGACCUGAUCUCAAGAACGAACUACCCAUCAUCACCCUGCCAUCACAGCAGAGACGUUUGUUUGUCCCUCUUGCAAACCUCAUCAUUAUGGACAUGUACAACAAGAAGAUGGUUGAGCUACUGAUGACUGACAGGAACGGCGCCACCCAGGUCACCCACGCACACUGCGCAGGUAUAAAGGCCCUGUUCUCAUGGGAGAGCAUCAAGGCGUUCCAAACAUGUCGUGAGGCAUGCGGUGGACAGGGAUUCAGACUUGAGAACCGUAUUGCCGAGUUCAAGUCCGACUCGGACAUUACUGCCACUUACGAAGGAGAUAACACCGUGUUGAUGCAGCAGGUGGCCAAGUAUGCCAUGUCCGCCUCAAAGAAGUCUGACGAAGCAGUGGUGCCAGUCUCAUUCAAGGGUGAUGCCAGACAGGAGUUGUACAACUUCAACAAUCUUUUGGCCCUAUUCAAGGCUCGCAAACAAUUGAAGCUGUCCGAGGCUAGACAACUUGUCUCGCUCCCCUCUGAGGGUGGCAAGUACGAGGCCUACACAAAGGCAAUCCCAUGGCUGGUUUCCGCUGGUUUUGCCCACAUGGAGUAUGAGAUCAUUGAUAAUGCCGUCAAGGUCAUCAAGCAAGACACCGUUGCACCUGUCCCACAGCUACUCCUCUUGUUCGCCCUCACCAAGAUUGAGGAUGAUCUAGGCUGGUUCGUAAGCAACGAACUUCUUCCCAACCACUUUGGUAGGGUCAUCAAGUACCUCAUCGUGGAUCUCUGCAAAGAUAUCACUCCACACUCGAUGUCCAUUGUCAACUCAUUCGCCAUUCCACCCAAGUGCACACCUUCAGAGUCCUUGACAGAUGGAAUAUGGUCCGCUUAA